AUGGGCCAAGGCUACUCAUCCGUCACGCUCCCGGCUGGACCGAGUGCUAUGGAAGCGACUGAACUCUCGGAUCUUGCCUUUGAGAAGCCUUUGGGUGGCGCCCGCUUUCUGCGCACGAUCCGGGCCAGGCAUCAGAAUGGCAUCGUGGUCGUCAAGUCGUGCCAAAAGGCCAACGCCAGCGUCUCUUUCAAGAAGUAUGCGAGAUUGCUCAAAGAAGAACGGCAGAAACUGAGAGAUAUCCCGAACGUCCUGCCAUAUGCCAGGAUCCGUGAGACUAGCACGCUUGGAGUUCUGGUGCGGCAGUAUAUCCACAAUUCGCUCUACGAUCGGAUCAGCAUUCGACCAUUUCUGGAGGAUAUCGAGAAGAAGUGGAUUGCUUUCCAGCUUCUUUGCGCUGUUCGUGACUGCCAUAGCAGGGGCGUCUUCCAUGGCGACAUAAAGUCCGAGAAUGUGCUGGUCACUUCGUGGGGCUGGGUCUACCUCACAGACUUCGCCUCGACUUUCAAGCCUGUGUACCUGCCAGAGGAUAACCCAGCAGACUUCUCCUUCUACUACGAUACAUCAGCACGUCGGACAUGCUACCUUGCACCGGAGCGUUUCUUGGCAUCUGGCGAACGCCCCAGCGAGGGAGACAUAGUGCAAUGGAACAUGGACAUCUUCAGCUUGGGAUGUGUUCUUGCUGAGCUGUUUACCGAAGCGCCAACAUUCACGUUGAGUCAGCUCUUUCGAUAUCGUAAAGGGGAGUAUGACCCGACUGUGUCGUUGCUCAAUAAGAUUGAUGACGAGCAUGUUCGCGCACUGAUCAGCAGCAUGAUUCGUCUCGAUCCGACGGAACGAUGGCAUGCGAGCGACUACCUGGACGAAUACAAAAGCAAAGCGUUCCCAUUGUACUUCUACAACCACCUGCAUACGCUGAUGCAAGAGAUUACGGACCCGGCUUCGGGACGAAGAUCGAUAGUUGCUAGAGAUACCAACAAUGGAGAAACAGAUGAUCGUAUCGACCGGAUCUACGAUGAUUUUGAGAUGCUCUCGGUCUCUCUUGGGUAUGCGGACGGCGACUCAGACUCUGCGGCGGGACCGACACCACUGUACCUGCGGGGACUGUUUCCAUUGCAGGUGGACUUGCCAAAUCGACGGCACACUGCUCAAAACGCCAGGUCGAGCACUGGAGAUAAUGGCACCUUCGUACUCCUGAAUGUCAUCACAUCAUCGAUGCGAAGUUCGGCUCGUGCUUCCUCCAAGGUUCGUGCUUGUGAGCUUCUGCUGGCGUUUGCCGAGCAGCUCCCAGACGAAGCGAAGCUCGAUCGAAUCCUGCCCUACAUCAUGCCGCUACUUGACGACAGCAACGAUAUGGUGCUUGUGGCCGCCUUGCGCACAAUGACCCAGCUUUUGUCAUUGGUGACGGUCGUCUCGCCAGUGAACUCUUUCUUGUUCACUCAGUAUAUCUUCCCUCGACUGCUGACCUUCACGAAGAGUCCAGGCUUCUUCAAGAACCCACUGGUGAGGGCGACGUACGCAGCAUGUCUGGCGAGCCUGGCAGAGACUGCCACGCGCUUUCUGGACAUGAUGCAAGCGCUUCGAGCAGAAGGAUCGUUGCCUUCCACUGACAAGGAUGCUGAUGCCGACGGCUUCAAUGCAAGUGGCGAUGCAUAUGACGCUGCGCGUCUAGAAAUGCUGGAGCAAUUUGAAGGGCAGAUCAAGGUGUUUCUGACAGACACAGAUAAUGCUGUUCGUCGUGCAUUUCUGUCAUCGGUGUCAAGCUUGUGUGUCUUUCUCGGCGAGACUAGAGCAGCGGAUGUCAUCCUGACACACCUCAACACAUACCUCAAUCAUCCAGACUGGCUUCUGAAGUGCGCAUUUUUCAAGACGAUCGUUGGAGUUGCGGUCUACAUCGGAGCAGCGAACCUUGAAGAGUUCAUAUUGCCACUGAUGGUACAAUCUCUCACUGAUCCGCAAGAGUUUGUAGUGGAACAAACACUAAGAUCUAUGGCAACGAUGGCCGAGAUGGGUCUGUUGCAGCGUGAGAAGACCUGGGAACUCAUCGACAAUGUGGCCCGCUUCGAAGUUCACCCGAACAUCUGGAUCAAGGAGGCAGCAUCGCACUUCAUAGCUGCAGCGACAACCUAUCUGUCAAUGGCGGAUAUUCGUAUCAUCGCUGCACCGCUGAUACAGCCGUACUUGAAGAUCCCGGUCGGGGGCCUCGACGAGUCUGAGCUUCUGGACGCCUUGAAGAAGCCACUUCCGAGGGCGGUCCUCGAUCUUGCUGCGCAAUGGGCUGCAAGAAGUGAAAGGAGCACAUUCUGGAAGGGAGCCGAAAGGUCAAAACAGCUUGUAUACCCUGCCACUGGUCACAUGCCGCCGCAGUCCUCGGUGGCGGCCUUUGGCCCCAAGUCGCUGGCCAAGGAGCCGAAGACUGACGAGGACGAGCAAUGGCUUGGCCGGUUGCGAAAUGCCGGGAUGCGCAGUGAAGAUGACAUGAAGCUUUUGGCUCUGCGGGCGUACCUCCUACGAACGGCUAAACGUGCUAGGCGUGAUGACGGAACAGCCAACGACAACCUGUACGAGCAAAUCAUCAGUCUGACCAAGAUGAAGAUCACUCCUCAGACAGUCAUAUUCGAUGGGGACUUGAAGGCGUAUGAGCAGCAUGUCUACAACCAAAAUCGCACUGUUGCAGAGGCGAUAGAGGAGGCUUCGAAACAGCUACCGAACACAUCAGGCAGUAAGAUUGUGGACAACUCGACAGGCGAUACCACUACCAAAGGCGACGAGACGAGUGAAGCUGGUAUACCAGUACCACAACAGCUGCGCCGUCUCUCUGGCUUGCGAACAAAAGCUUCUGACAGCUUGUCCUCUUCGCCGAGUUCCGGCCUCGGGCUGCUAGGUCGCGACAUGGACCAGGCACUGCGGCAGAAAGGCAACCCAGCAGGUCUGCUAGGUGGCACCGACCUUCGCGGGAAAGCGCAUGCUGAGGUGAAGACUGAUGGUGUGACGGCAGCUGGUAGACUUGAUUCAGGGCGGUCAGUGAGUCGCCGCGCCUCACCAAGACCCAACACAGUCGAGCGGAGGAAAGAGCUCGAACGAGCAGCUAGUCAUCGUGCCGUGCAUAACUAUGCUGGUAACGAUCCCACGGUGCUCAAGUUGCUAGACACAGUAUAUGUCGACAACUUCCCUGCCGAGGCUGCCGACUUUGGCCCUAUGGUCCAGCCGUGCUCUGGCACAAUACCGACGAAUGCAAGCGUUCCGACACCAGGCCCUUGGCGGCCACAAGGGCAGCUACUAGGAGUGCUUGCGGAGCAUACUGCAAAAUUGACCCGGAUCGUGCCAAGCCCUGACCAUGUUUUCUUCCUGACUGCGUCUGAUGAUGGUGCCGUCAAAGUAUGGGACACUUCACGGCUCGAAAGAAAUGUCACACAUCGCUCGCGUCAGACGUAUCGUCUUGCAGAGGGCGUCAAAGUUACAAGCUUGUGUUUCGUUGAAGCGACACACUCAUUCGUAUGCACCGGCUCUGACGGCAGUGUACACGUUGUGAGAGUCGACGUUGCGGAGUCAAAUAACGCUACACGUUACGGGAGGCUCCGGAUGGUGAGGGAGUGGCAUAUACCGACAAGAAACGAAAAAGGUGAACAUGCCGUCUGGGCGGAGCACUAUCGUGGAGACUCAGCCAGCACUCUCGUUCUGGCCACGAAUCUCGGGAGGAUACUAGCUGUUGACCUGAGGUACAUGUCGCUACUCUUCGACCUCCAGAAUCCUGCCAACCACGGCACUCCGAGCUCCUUCUGCAUAGGACGGAGGCACGACUGGCUUGUCGUCGGUACCUGCCAUGGUGUGCUUGAUCUAUGGGACAUGCGAUUCCAGGUGCGCGUGCGAUCGUGGACGUUCACGAACCCAGCGCCCAUCACUCGCGUGCAGCUGCUGCCAGGACGCAAGUCUCGGACUAGGAAUCGGUUCUGCAUCACUGGCGGCACAGCACCCGGCGAUGUGAGUGUCUGGGAACCCGAGAAGGGGGUAUGCUAUGAAGUCUACAGAUCGGCUCAUGCUAAUAGCAAGGAUCGCCUACACGCGCGUGAUUACGAGUUCCGGAAUGUUGAAGACGAGAAAGCGGAAGGACUGCUAGGUCGUGCGGCUGGCUCGAUUGGCACAGAUCAAGGCGAGGUUGAACAGAACAGUGAUCUUCCCCAGCUUGCCAGCUGCUCGUUCUUCGGAGCACAACCGGCACCCAAAGAUCAGGAUUCCACAAUCGCUUUCGCCAUCACAGGUGGCCCCGACAACAAAGUCCGCUUCUGGGACUGCGACCGCCUUGACGGCUGCAGACACGUCAGCGGUGGCAGUCCUGACACGAAGACAUCCUACAUGAUCAGCCAGCUUAGCCAAGACACUCGUGUCAUCUCGGAGAAACCUGCAGAGAGCAGUAGCUCGACCGGUGUGGUUGAGUCGAACAAGGUUGCUCCGAACAGCUCAGCAAAGCGGAAUACAGCUGCGAAUGCAGUCAAGCCGCCAUCGAGGUAUGAGACGAUUCGGAUGUCGGCGCAGAAUUUGAUGAGUGCGCAUCUGGAUAUUAUUACUGAUGUGGCGCUGGUGGAGCGGCCGUUUGGGAUGGUUUUGAGUGCGGAUCGGUCGGGGCAGGUUUUUGUGCACCAGUGA